AUGAAAUAAAAUAAAUAUAUCAAAAAUAUUCAUUUAAGAUCUAAAGAAAUAGUUGAAUAAUAAAUAGAAUAGUAAAAUGUAAAUAAAUCGUAAGUCUAAUUAUAAGAGUUUGAUUAUGCAGCUAAACCUUAUGUGGAUUUUGAUUUCAUAAAAUUAAAGAACAUUAAAUCAAUUAAGAUGAGUGAUUCUGGUUCCAGAGGAGUAAUAUUUAUUGAUUCAGAGUAAGGUGCAAUCGUUCUUAAGUUAUCAGGUUAAGUUGGUGUUGAACUUUUUCUUAACAAAUUAGCAUAAGCACUUGAUAUAAAAACAACUUAGAUGAAAUGUUUAAAAUGGUGUGAUGUAGAGAUGUAAGAACUUAGAAAUGAUAUUUUAUUUGCAGCUUCAACAGAUGAAGUGUUAUCUCAUCGACUUAAAUAAAAAUUAAAAGUUGCUUACUUUGAGAUCAUUGAAUAUAUUCCUGGCCUUUAACUCUAUUGUUUUUAAGGAGAGAGAGCAAAAAAAAUAUUUAAUUAAGAGAGACUAUUCAAUUUAGGAAAGAUAAUUGGAUUCGAUAUAUUUAUUCAUAAUGGAGAUAGAUUUCCCUUACCUAUUUGGAGAAGUGUAGGAAAUGCUUAUAAUAUUAUUCUAAAAGUAAUUGAUGAGAAAUAAGAAGAUAUGUUUAACAUUCAUAAUGCUAAUCUUAAUUUUGAUUGCAUUUAUUCAAUCGAUCCAUCAACAAUUUUAAAAUAAUUAGAUUCAAGCAUUUAAGAUAAAAUACUAAAUACAUAUAUUGAAAAAGUGUAAAAGUUUCUAUAAGAGUUAUGUGAUGAUGUUAAAAAGAAUGAAUCUAAAUGUUUAGAAGCAUUUUAAGAUUUUAUAUUUGAAUAAACUUAAUAUAAAUUGAAUGAUAAUGAACUUUAGAUUGUUAAAAAAGGAAUAUUAUAUUAGAUUUAGAAGAUAUCUCAAUUUGGUAUUGAAAAUAUAAUAAAAAUAAAGUAGGAAUUAAUUGUUCCUGACUUUUAAGAUUGGAUGGAUUCAUAUAAUAAUUGUUUAAAUUAAAUUCAUAUUGAAUUUCAUGAAAAAUUAAUUAAGGUAUUUACUGAAAUAAUAAAUACUAACUCUGAAUUAUUCUAAACUUUAUGA